CUCUGCCGCCACGUCUCGACGUGUCACCGGCGGCGCCGUGGCUGUAGCAAGGGAAGGAGCGGACUGGGGGAGUUCCAGGCGGCGGGCGACGGCAGCGACCCCGGCCCGGACCUGCCCCGGCUCAGAAGUGUUCUGGGGUCCGUGGGAAGCAGGAGAGGGAGGCGGCAGCUCGGCCUGCGUGGGGCAAGAUGUUGAACAUGUGGAAGGUGCGGGAGCUGGUGGACAAAGCCACCAAUGUGGUUAUGAAUUAUUCAGAGAUUGAGUCUAAGGUUCGAGAAGCAACGAAUGAUGAUCCUUGGGGACCUUCUGGGCAACUCAUGGGAGAGAUUGCCAAGGCUACAUUUAUGUAUGAACAAUUCCCAGAACUUAUGAACAUGCUCUGGUCCAGAAUGUUAAAAGACAACAAAAAGAAUUGGAGAAGAGUUUAUAAGUCCUUGCUGCUCCUAGCUUACCUCAUAAGAAAUGGAUCAGAGCGUGUUGUUACAAGUGCCAGAGAACACAUUUAUGAUUUGCGAUCCCUGGAAAAUUACCACUUUGUAGAUGAACAUGGCAAGGAUCAAGGUAUAAAUAUUCGCCAGAAGGUGAAGGAAUUGGUUGAGUUUGCUCAGGAUGACGACAGGCUCCGUGAAGAGCGAAAAAAAGCAAAGAAGAACAAAGACAAAUACGUUGGGGUUUCCUCAGACAGUGUUGGAGGAUUCAGAUACAGUGAAAGAUAUGAUCCUGAGCCCAAAUCAAAAUGGGAUGAGGAGUGGGAUAAAAACAAGAGUGCUUUUCCAUUCAGUGAUAAAUUAGGUGAACUGAGUGAUAAAAUUGGAAGCACAAUUGAUGACACCAUCAGCAAGUUCCGGAGGAAAGAUAGAGAAGACUCUCCAGAAAGAUGCAGUGACAGCGAUGAGGAAAAGAAAGCAAGAAGGGGCAGGUCUCCCAAAGGUGAAUUCAAAGAUGAAGAAGAAACUGUGACGACAAAGCACAUCCAUAUUACACAGGCCACAGAGACCACCACAACCAGACACAAGCGCACAGCAAAUCCUUCCAAAACAAUUGAUCUUGGAGCAGCAGCGCAUUACACAGGGGACAAAGCAAGUGCAGAUCAGAAUGCUUCAGCCCACACACCUCAGUCUUCAGUUAAGACUUCAGUGCCUAGCAGCAAGUCAUCUGGUGACCUUGUUGAUCUGUUUGAUGCCACGAGCCAGUCAACAGCUGGAGGAUCAGCUGAUUUAUUUGGGGGAUUUGCUGACUUUGGCUCAGCUGCUACAUCAGGCAGUUUCCCUUCCCAAGCAACAAGUGGGAAUGGAGACUUUGGUGACUGGAGUGCCUUCAACCAAGCCCCGUCCGCUUCUACUGCUUCCAGUGGUGAGCUCUUCGGCGGUGCCUCCCAGCCAGCAGUAGAACUUGUCAGUGGCUCCCAGCCGGCUCUAGGGCCACCUCCAGCUGCCUCCAACUCUUCAGACCUGUUUGAUCUGAUGGGCUCGUCCCAAGCAACCAUGACAUCCUCCCAGAGUAUGAAUUUCUCUUUGAUGAGCACUAACGCUGUAGGACUGGGUUUGCCCAUGUCAAGAUCACAGCCUUUGCAAAAUGUUAGCACAGUGCUGCAGAAGCCUAAUCCUCUCUAUAAUCAGAAUACAGAUAUGGUCCAGAAAUCAGUCAGCAAAACCCUGCCUUCUACUUGGUCUGACCCCAGUGUAAACAUCAGCCUAGACAACUUGCUACCUGGUAUGCAGCCCUCCAAACCCCAGCAGCCAUCGCUCAAUACCAUGAUUCAGCAACAGAAUAUGCAACAGCCUCUGAAUAUGAUGACUCAAAGUUUUGGAGCCGUGAACCUCAGUUCUCCAUCAAAUAUGCUUCCUGUCCGGCCACAAACUAACCCUUUGCUGGGGGGACCUGUGCCUCUGAGCAUGCCCAGUGUGAUGACUGGCACCAUGGGAAUGGCCCCUCUUGGAAAUGCUCCAGUGAUGAACCAGAGCAUGAUGGGCAUGAACAUGAACAUAGGGAUGUCAACUGCUGGGAUGGGCCUGACAGGCACGAUGGGAAUGGGCAUGCCCAACAUGGCCAUGACGUCUGGAACUGCGCAACCUAAGCAAGAUGCCUUUGCAAAUUUCGCCAACUUUAGCAAAUAGGAGACUGUAAAGAACGGAUUGAAUGAAGAAUUUUUAGCUGGGCAGAUAGGUGAUAUUGGGAUGGAAAAUGCUAAUCAGCUCCCCUUUCUUUUAUCAGUUAAUUGUAAUAAACACACGUAAAGAACCAAAAAAGCUGUUUUAUAAAAAUGAAGUAUCUAGUAUUUCAGACCAAGCAAGAGCACUUCAGGUGAGGCAGUCAGAAUAAUUUUUCUCAGAGAGGAUAGAUCACAAAUAGGGCGACGAGACCCCUGAAAGCCUUUAUAAACUGAAAGAGUCCCUUUAACAUCACUGGUGGGAAGGUGGGAAUAGGGCUGAAUAAAUGUGUUUGAAUCUCUAAUUUUAUACUUUACUUUUCCUGAGGAACUUGAUUUUUCUGUCCCUGAAUCACCUUGUCAUAAUUGGGUCUGUUCCUUUUACUACCCUCUUGAGUCCAUAUAUGAAAUCAUUAAAGGUGGAUGAUCAGUUUUUUAUAAAAAUAAUAUAUUUUUGUCCAAAAAAGGCAUACAUACGUGAUUAUGGCUAAAUCAAAGGUAACUGGAAUGUAUAUACUUUUGCUAAUGUUCCAGGAACACUGCUGUUAUACUGUCCAAAUUUUUAUUAUAACAAAACCUCUUUAAAGCAAUUGGUGAUCACUAGGGGACGUUUCCCAUGUCUUCUGCUAUAAUGAUCUUGUGCAGAACUAGGAAAAAAAAUUUUUUUCAGGACUGCUGUAUGGUUUCCUUUAAAAGAAGAAGGAACAACUUCCAGUAUUUUUUGUUUGUUUUUUGUAGUCAUUAUUUACAAUUUGCAGUGAUUCACUUGGCAAGGCUUCCUUCUGUGUUUAUCCUGUAGCCAUCACUUAAGCCAGGAAUAGUCAAAAAAGAAAAAUAUUUAUUUUUAUCUUUUUUGUUGUCUUUUCAAAAAAUUGAAAAGGUGAAAAUCCAUUGAAACUUUUAAGUUAAAGGUUAGAACUCAACAAUGUUCACUUUUAGAUAUUAUACAGUAUUUGUUUUGUUUUGGUUUUGAGUGUAUAUAAUAUGUCAUUAGCAAUACAGUUCCACUAGAAAGGAAUUAAAUAUAUAUUAUUAAAGGAGACCUGUAGCAGUCAGAGAUUUUAUUGAUUUAAGGACAAAUAAAGGAAAUUAAAAUGUUUCUGUUUUCCUGCUGUAAUUCUACAUUAAGCUCACAUGAAAAUCAUGGUUUUAGAGUUUGGAAUGCAAAAUUAUUUGUUUCAACCUCAAGCUGGGAAUAUUUUUAAAAAUAAAUACUAUAAUAUAGGUAUCAAAUUAUUACCUCCCCACUUUAUGUUGAAAUUUUUUUAUUAAAUUGAUAAAACUUUGUUUCCAUUGUAUUCAUAAUCUGUUAUACAUAACAUUAAAAUGUUCAUUAAAAUCAA